GCUCACUGGGCGGCCAUGCAGAUGGAGCAAUACAUGAUUUGUCUUUUAAACAGAAACGAAAUGGCUUUCCUAGGUGAAUAGCCUUAUCAGGUAUGCACUUGCUGAGUCUUUUGCAGCUAUUUUGUUAUGUAUUUCAUUGUUGUAUUCACUAAGCUGGGUGGAAAAUUGCCGAAAGUCUUGUAGGCCAAAAUAGAUGAACUGGAAAAAUUCUCAAUCUCCGCUAAUAACCCAUCUGAGAUAUUUUGAGUUAAAGUUACCGAUUUCUUUUGUAGAGCUCCCAGUUCAGUGAAUAAACCCCUUAGUUUAUAAUGAUAAAAGGUUAAGUGGGGAAAUGUUUUUGAGCUCUUUAUAAAACUAAAAGCAUAAGUGAAUGACUUCAGAACUGAAAAUGUUUUUUAUAUCCUUUAUAAAAUAUGACACUGAAUGUAGCAAUGUACUAAACAGUGCAUUAUAAAGGUCAGGCACAAUAUUCUAUCUUUAGAAUAGUGAAGAUCGAUAGCUGCUGUCUUACAGUGCGAUACUAAAAUAUAUUAUGUAACCGAGUUCUUUUACUUUUAUUGUAUUUUAUUUCUUGCAGUAAUUGUAUGAUACAUGUAAUAGAAAAUUAUUUUUAUCUUAGUCUAUUUAUUAGUCUAGUAGUUUACAUUAGUCUAAUCUUUCCUUCAGCUAAAUUUUUAAUGAAUAGGACAUCUAUUAUUGUAUUAAAUAUUGAGUAAACACAAUUCUUUUAUUUUCAAAUGGAAUAGAAAUUUGCUGCAGUGGUUUCACCUGGAGCUGUGAGGAAUCAUUAGAUUUUCUAUUGUGAAACAUGUCAGAUAGUAACUAGAGAUGUCGCGAACUGUCCGCCGAACUGUUCGCGAACUGUCCGCCGGCGAACAAUAGCGUGUUCGCGUUGGGUGAACAUAUCCGAUUUCCGGUCCGCCCCCUAUACGUCAUCAUUGAGUUAACUUUGACCCGGAACCUCACAGCCAGCAGACACAUUCCACCCAAUCAGCAGCAGACCCUCCCUCCCAGGAAGUGUCUGCUGACUGUGAGGUUCCGGGUCAAAGUUUACUCUAUGAUGACGUAUAGGGGGCGGACCGGAAAUCGGAUAUGUUCGCCCAAUGCGAACACGCUAUUGUUCGCCAGCGGACAGUUCGCGAACAGUUCGGCGGACAGUUCGCGACAUCUCUAAUAGUAACCCUUAUUUAGACUUUUAAAUUUGAACAUUUUUAUGAGAAUUUUGUAUAAUGAGAAAUACCAUGGCAAAGGUCUAAGAGUAAAAUUAGCAGUAGCACUCUUUUGCUUCUCACUUUUCUUUAGAAUGUUGCUCUUACAUUGUACAUUAUAUAUGCUCUACAGUAGCUAAACACCAGUUUUGGCCUAACAGACUUUCUCAUAUUUAUAAAGAUGAUUACAUUGUUUGCUUGUAUUUGUUUUGUUUUUUUGUUCCUUUUUUUUUUAAGCUUAUUAUUCAUUGAGAAUGUUUUUACAAACUGUCUCUUUGUAAGAAAAUGUUGUAUCUCUCUCAAAUCACAAUAGGUAAUUUAUAUUCACAAACCAAACACGUAAUAUGCAUAUGUUUUAUAAUGCAUGAUGUGCCAAUUUCUACAAUUGGCUGAACAUGUUUUCACACACAGUACAUCAUGGAUGGUGACAUCAUCUCUAUGCAAUUAUUAUUUCUCAUAAUGAACAGGAAAUAAUGUAUUGGUAAUCUGUAUACAGUCCCGGCAGAAACAGGAUAUAUUUUAUAUAAGAUUAACGGGAGUCACACUCUAAUUUUAAUGACAGCAGCUGAAAUUUCUGCCACUUGGAACUGUAAACUCACUAAUCUCAAGAAGCACAGGGACAUGCUAUUACAGUAAAGUCCUCCUAUUAAUGAGAGAUCAAACCAAUUUUUAGUAAAUGUGGGAGUGUUUAGCUCAGUGAAAAGAUUGCAUGAAGAUCUUUGCUGAACAAAGAGGUAGGAUUAUUAAGUGAGCUAGUGAUCUUCAAAUACCUUAACAAAUAAUGGAAGGCAACACAAUAUAACAUUGGAAAAUGCUUGUUAACCCCUUAAGGACUCAUGACAUGUGUGACAUGUCAUGAUUCCUUUUUAUUCCAGAAGUUUGGUCCUUAAGGGGUUAAAAUGGUUAUGCUACAUGGACUCUACUUGAAAAGCUGUCGAUACAAAGAUAUUUUAAUGUAUUUGCAGGUGUGUAACUCCGCCCCCCAGCAGCUUGUGUCAGCCAGCAUAAACGAGAGUUCCUAGCUGGCUAUGAAGAAUUAGUACAACUUUAUUGUUCAUUAUCUGCACACACUGCAUGCUGGCGGUAAAUGUAUAGCUCUUAUACUUGCAGGUGCUUUGCUGUUAGAGCACCUGCUAUUAUAGACUGCCUCUGCAAGGUGCACAUACAGUCUAAUCAUUCCUCUAACUAACUGCUGCUCCCUGCAGCAAGCCCGUCAUUUUUAUGAGACACAUUUAAUUGAACUAAGUCCAGCAAAAAUUAGGAAGUUUGUGUUGGCCAGCAAAGAGGAGGAUCAGCUUAGCUGCAGGGGUCAGUUAUGCAAACCAUGUCAGGUAAUAUGAACUUAAAAAAGCAUAUGUUAGAUAAAAAGUACAUUUAUAUAAUUUUUAAUGGCACUAUUCAUAUACAUAAAAAAUGUGUGUAUUAACUUCAAGUGUUCAUUUAAAAAGUGUUGUCGGAACCCAAUAUAUCAACAUUUACAGAUCAAUUUACUGGCAGCAGACACAUAUAUUUAACAAUACAGUCCACUUUACAGUUUACUCUAACACAUUAUUAAAGAACUGUGUGUAUCCUCUAACUAUAGUAGUUCCAUUUUAUCAAAAUGUGUAAACGUAAAUAUUGUAAUUAAAUGUAUGUAUUGAAUGUGCAAUUGCGCACCGUGCUGUAUAAAGACAAUUAGAAAAAUCUUAAAAUAUUACUUGAAUCUGCUCUAAACUGGGAAAUUAUUAAUCUAAGGCAGAUUAUAUUGCAGAUUAACUAAGCCAUGUAGAACAACUCUUUAUUAAACAGUAAAAUGUAUACAAAGAGUAAAAUAUCACUUAAAUUAAAAAUAAAAUAUGACUAAACAUGUUUUUAUGCUCACAAAUACAAACAUAUAUCUACACAGACAGAUACACACACUAGCACAUACAAACAUGUACCUAUACACACUGACACACACAUAUACCUACAUACACACACUGGCACACACACAGAUACACAUACCUAUACAUACACACACUGGCACACACACAGAUACACACACAUACCUAUACAUACACACACUAGCACAAGCACAAAUAUGCAUACAUACCUAGACCACACACACAGAUACACUUGACCCUACCCAAUUUAUAUUUUGUCACAUUUGCCUGCCUAUGAACUGGCACAUAUGUCUACCAAAUAACAAUCUUCCUUCUCAAUUUAGAUUGGCACAUUCCCUUGCCAGUUAACCUCCUCCGCCCCCACAAAAGGAGGACAUAUUCCUCUUCUGAUUAACCCCUUCCUUUCCCCAAAUAGCUCAGUUCUUCUCAUUCUACUUGAAAUCCACACACUGUGGAAGGUCCCUGUUCUGACACAUAAAGUGCUGGAGACUAUCAUAUUUCUACCUCCACUACUUGGCAGACCUCUCCUGGCCCUGACUAAACAGGUCCAACUGGUGACUCAGUAGGGCACUUGCUAGUGACACAGACACGCAUUCACACACCAUGGAGCUCACAGAUACACUCCAUGCAGCUCCCAGGCAUUUUCCAUGCAGGUACCAGAUACACAUUUUACUUCAUACACAGAGAAAUACUAUGAAGUUCACAGACACACUCUGUUCACACAUAGUUCCAUGCAGUACACACCACACCAUGCAUUUCUCAGUCACCUGAUACAGUUCACAGACUCACUACAUGUCUGAUGUUUUGCAGGCAAUGUGAAACUACUAUGACAAUUUAAAGUACCAACUUAGCAAGCAGCCAUCACCUCACCAGCUAGGUAUCAAGCCCCAGUCCUCUUCCCUUUUCUUCUGACAGGCUGACUCGCUUACCCACCACAGAGGCUACAGGCUCUAGGCUACACCCAGGGAAGGCUGAAGCAGUUGAUUCCUCCAUCAUCAACGAGGGGGACAUCAUGCAUUCUGGGAUAAUAACGAGUGGGGCUGGGGUGAGGCAACAAUAAAAAAUAUAAAAUAUAUCUAUGAUAAAUUAUAUUUCUAAUGUUCAAUGAGAUGGCAGCCAAAAUGGCUAUUUUAAAGCGGCACUGUCAUGCCGAACUUACCUUUCUUUAAUCGAUUCCUCUUCUCUUCCUCUGUUAGGAUCUGUUCUUCAUUUUUUCCUGUCUUCUCUAGUUUUCUUUAAAACAUAAGACAAAGUAAAGACUAUUUGUCUUAUGGAGGUUUCCUACGCCUGACCAGCGGAGGAGCAAAAUGUGCUUCAUUUCCGGAGGUCAGAGAAAUUUUCCCACAAUUCUUAGCUUUCCUCCCUGUUCCCGCGAUGCUUCCUGUCAGUAUUUCCAAGCUUCCUGUCAUUUAGACAGGGCGCCGGCAAAACUUCCGAAUUGCGUCCUAACAGAAUGAGAACAGUUUGUUCAUUCGUGUUAGAACGCAAUUCUAACACAAUUGUUCAUAUCGGAAUUUCAUUCUAAUGAAUGAAACUCCGAUCCUAUUCGUGCCGCUGCUGCAUCUUGCAGCCGCUAAGUAGAUAGCUCCCUAAUUCCCACGGUAUCAGGGAGUUAUCUACCAAAAGGCUGAAAGACCUAAAUUGGUCUUUCAGCCACAUUUACUAAUACUAAGUAAAUUUUACUUAGUAUUAGUAAAUUCUGCCCCUAUUCGAAAUACCGCGAGUAGGGGCAUGUCUAUUAAACAGUGAGCAGCCAAUGGGGGGGACCUAUUGUCCUCCCCCCUGGCCCCCACCCCUGAGCGGUGGGUGAGGGCCAUAAAUAACAAUAAGGUGCUGGAGACCUACUGCCUCCCCCCCCGGCCCCCACCCCUGCGGUGCGGGUGGGGUCCUAAAUGAGAAUGUGGGGACCUAUUUUUCCCCUCAUCCCCCACCCCUGCGUGGUGGGUGGGGGCCCUAAAUAACAAUAAAGGGGGGGACCUGUUGUCCUCCCCCUGGCCCCCACCCCUGAGAACCAGAUGGGGGCCCUAAACGAUAAUGGGGGGACACUUAUUGUCUUCCCCCCUGGCCCCCACCUCUGAGCGGUGGGUGGGGGCCAUGAAUAACAAUAAGGGGGGGACCUAUUGUCCUCCCCUUCCGGCCCCCACCCCUAAGUGAUGGGUGGGGGCCAUAAAUAACAAUAAGGGGGGGGGAACCUAUUGUCUUCCCCCCCGGUCCUCACCCCUGAGCGGCAGGUGGGGGCCCUAAAUGAAAAUUUCCCCCCACCCUCAAGGUGACUAGGGGUCCCCAAGGUCUUCUUUUUUAUAAAAGGUGUCUGUUUGUGUUUGGGAGUCCAUGUGCUCUCCCUGCUGAAUUUCAGAGCAUAUGGAGCCCACUUCAGAGUCAGGUAUGUCAGCCAUCUUGUGGGCCACAGGGUGUAAUAGCAUGGUGCCGAUGUCUUGUGUAUCUUGGCUCAUACCUGCAGGCAUAGGCGUGCGCAGCCUAUUGCAUUAGGGUGUGCACCCUAAAGCACAAACACACGCCACGCGCGUGUGUGUGUAUGUAUCUAUCUAUAUAUAUAUACACACACACACUGCUGUGUGUGCUGUUAGUGUGCUGUGUGCUGUUAGUGUGAUGUGUGUGUGAGGGUGCGUGUUUGUGACUGUGCUGUUUGUGUGUGAGGGUGUUUGUGUGUGUAUGUUUGUCCUGUGAGGGUGCUGUUUGUGAGGGUGCUGUUAGUGUGCUGUGUGUGAGGGUGUUGUGUUUUUUUUAAAGGUGCUGUGUGUGUUUGUGAGGGUGCGGUUAGUGUACUGUGUGUGUGUGAGCUGUAUGUGUGUAGGUGCUGUAUGUGUGUGUGCUGUAUGUUUGGAGGGAUUUGGCAGAUUAGUAAAUCCUUGCUGCCAUGUGGUGGUCCAGUGGAGAGUGAACUCUAGCCUGCGGGGCUAGAGUUAACUCUCGCGAGAUCUGAGCGUUGCCGCAGCAACGCUCAGAUAUGGCGAGAGGAACCUGGCGGAGCUUCUGUCUAGAGCAGCCUGGGUCCUCUACUGCCUCCCUCCAUGCUGCUGUGGGCCGGUGAGGUAGAUCUUUGGUCUCCCCGCCGGCCCAUGAAGGCUUAGAGCAGAGCCGGCACUCAGAUAGCGCCGGCUCUGCGUGUGUGUGUGUAUAUAUAUAUAUAUAUAUACGUACACACACACACACACACACACACAUACAUACAUACUCACAGACACACACACACUCACACUGACACACACACAUACUCAGACACACACACUGACACACACACAUACUCACAGACACACACUCACAGACACACACACUGACACACACACACACAUACUCACAGACACACACACACACACUCACAGACACACACACACAGACACACACACACAUACUCACAGACACACACAUACUCACAGACACUCACACACACACACUGACACACACACACUGACACACACACACACAUACACAAAUUAUUAUAUUUUAAUUUUAAAAAAAAAUGUCCACCCAGCCUCCUACCUGGAGUGCUGGUGGACUUGUCCCUGGGGUCCAGUGGGGGCAGGCGCCUUUCUCCAGCUGAGCCGCGAGGGAGCUCUCUGCUGUCUGCUCUCUACUCCCUCUCGCCGCGCGGGCUGUCUGCUGGAGCUGGGAGCCGGAAUAUGACGUUCCUGCUCAAAAAAAGUGCAGGGACGCUGUUCCUGCAGGACUCAAACCAUAGGCGUGCCACGGGGAUUAGGGUGUGCCCAGGCACACCCGGCACACCCCGUGCGCACGCCUAUGCCUGCAGGUGUUUUCUGUGUUCUCCGGCCCAUCUUGUGGGUAUUGCUAGCCUAGUGCUGUAUGUCCCUCUGAUAUAUUGCCGGGUUCUCAAGAAACAGGUCAGAGCACAGUGGUGAGGUGACCAGGUUCUGUAGGCUGGAGCAGGCCCUGGGUCUGUGUCAAGCUUUUUUGCACAUUUGGACCUACUGGAAAGGCAUCAGUCAGCAAUCAGGUAUGGUAGGAGGAAGAGGCAGGCAGUUGCAGUUUGGCUAAUUGUGAGAUCAGGCUCCAGUACCUGUAUUUGCAGGUCGGAUCUGGAUUGAUGUUUUGCAGGUCUCCCAAUUUUGGGCAGUUGUGAGUAGAGGCCUCCGGAGCAAGCAAAAAUGGUGACCGUCGCAUUCUGCGGUUAUGCUCCGCCCCAAUGUUCUGUUAGUUUUAAAGACACAGCGCACCUAUAUUUGUUUUCUUAAAGAAAACAUAAAUUAUCAAACCAGGCAAUCUUAUUCUAUUGCUCCACGGUCCGGUUCUGACACUGAUGUCCCUAUUAAACACGCUUUUGGAGGUAGGCAGGGUUUAUUAUUGGCACUCAAACUGGUCUGAGGCUACGCAGCCCCAUAAGCAGCAAACUGUGAUGCACUGUGCAUUCUGACACCUUUCUAUCAUUGUCAGCAUUAAAGUUUUCAGCAAUUUGAGCUACUUGACUCUUUUGUAUGAUUGCACCAGACAGGCUAGUCUUUGCUCCCCACGUGCAUCUAUGAUCUUUGGGAGCCCAUGACCUGGUCAAGUGGUUGUCCUUCCUUGCACCACUUUUGGUAGGUACUAACCACUGCAUACUGGGUACAGCCUGUUUUUCAAGGUAAAGGAAUACUUUCUGUUUUGGACAUGCUCUGACCCAGUUGUAUAGCCAUCACUAUUUGAUCCUUGUCAAACUCACUCAGAUCUUUUAGCUUGCCUAUUUUUCCUGCUUCAAACACAUGAAAGUUAAGAACUUGGUUUUACUUGCUGCCUACUAUAUCCAAACCCUUGACAGGUGCCAUUGUAACACUAAAAUCAAUGUUGUUCACUUCACCUGUUGGUGGAUUUUAUGUUGUUGCUGAUGAGAGUAUGAAAUGCAUUCUUCACCCCAAGCAAUGAAAACAUUUACAGAUUAUUUUUCAUAAUUCCACUGAAAUCUGUUUCACAUCAAUCCUUCAAACAUGAGUAGGCUAAAGGGACAGACAUACCCUUAGAUAGAAGAUGAGCAUAGAAAACAUAUGCUACAAGACCACAGGGACAUUAUUACUAAUCUGUUUUUUGGGGGGAUCAAGGGGGGUUGAGGGGGAUUGAGGGGGUUGGGUGGGGGGUUAAUAACUAUUGACUAGUAUCCAGCCAUCAAGGGAGAUACUUGAUGUUUGAAGAAUCAUAAACACUCCUCUGUCUUUGAAUCUUUGCUAUUUAGAUUCCAUAGGUGGUGAGCAGAAGCACAGAAGAUGUCAUUACCAUGGAUUUUGACCAAAAAGAUAAAAAUGUUGAAACCAGCUGCCCAAAUGACAGCACAGGAUCCGACAAAGAUCAGAAUGACAAAAUGAAGAUGAAGCAAGAAAUUACAUUGUUUAAUGGGGUUUCUUUAAUAGUUGGAAACAUGAUUGGAUCUGGAAUAUUUGUCUCCCCAAAAGGAGUAUUGAUGUAUAGCACCUCGUUUGGACUUUCACUCAUUAUUUGGGCUCUUGGAGGAAUAUUUUCAAUGUUCGGUGCAUUAUGUUAUGCAGAACUGGGAACAUCAGUCAUGAAAUCUGGGGCCAGCUACGCUUAUAUACUUGAAGCAUUUGGUGGCUUUAUUGCCUUCAUCAGGCUGUGGUCAUCUUUAUUAAUUAUAGAACCUACUACGCAGGCAAUUAUUGCAAUUACGUUUGCUAAUUAUAUAGUACAACCAAUUUUUCCAUCUUGCCAACCGCCAUAUGAAGCUGUUCGACUGAUUGCGGCUGCUUGUAUUUGUAAGUAUGUGUUACGUAAAAUGAAUGGUUUUUAUGAGCAAUAUUCACACAUUUACAUUAUAUAUGUUAAUUAGGAGUUUGCUUAAACCAGGGGAUUUGCUAUAUAACAGGCAGUGUAAAGAAUGUAGAAAUACGUUGGUUAACCCAAUUGCAGGGCACAGGCUCUGUUCAAUUGCCACUUUAAAUUUGUCUGCCUCCCAGUUCCUGCGGAUAGAUUUAAAGAGAGAGAUCACAAGUACGUUUCUCUCUACACCUCCACAUACAUGUCCUUGUUCAUAGAUAGACACAAACAAGAUGACUAAUGUAGUCACAGUGUAAUUUGUGAUGCAUUGGACUUCUAAACCAGUGGCGUCGCUGGGGGGGAGCAGAGGGGACCAUGGCCCCCCCUACAUCAUGCUGUGCCCCCCCUUGUUCCCAGUGGCAUCUCUAGGAUUCAUUUUUAGGGGGGGGCACAUGGUGGGCCAGGGACAAAAGUAGGGGGCACAUUUAACCCCGCCCUCGCCGCAGUUUGACCCCGCCCCUGUCACAUGUUAAGCCCCGCCCCCAGCUGCUGUUGACAGGUACCAGUAGUCUAGAGAUUGGGACAUGGGGUAUAUGCUCAGCUAUCUGUAUAAUACUGUAGUGCUGUUCUCUGUAUAAUACAGAUCUGUGUGUGUAUAAUAUCCCGGGAUAGUCAGUGCUUCCUGUAUAGUGCUGCUAUUUGUAUAAAACAGGUCUGUGUCUGUAUAAUAUCCUGGAACAGUCAGUGUUCCCUGUAUAGUGCUGCUCUCUGUCUUGGGAUAUUAUACACAAACAGACCUGUAUUAUUCAGAGAGCAGCACUAUACAGGGAGCACUGACUCUCCCGGGAUAUUAUACACACAGCCAUGUAUUAUACAGAGAGCAGCACUGUACAGCGACCGCUGACUGUCCCAAUUUAUUAUACACACAACCCUGUAUUAUACAGAGAGCACUGACUGUCCAGGGAUAUUAUACACAGACAGUAAUUGAUAGCUGUGCUGCAAAAUGUCCUUGGAAUUUUUUUUCAAAUGUUGGCAACUAUGGCACUGUAUCAAGGGAAAUGUGUUUGUUUUUUAAUAAUCCCUGGUGGGAAAUAAUGAAUCCUCCACCAGGGAUUAUUAAAAAAAACCAACACAUUGUGUCGGGGGCGGGGCUUAACAUGCGACAGAGGCAGGGUCAAACUGCGGCAAGGGCGGGGUUAAAUAUGCCCCCCCUACUUUUCUCCCUGGCCCACCAUGUGCCCCCCCUAAAAAUUAAUCCUAGAGACGCCACUGUUCUAAACUCACUGUGAUUAUCUUUUAAAUGAUGUACAGUACAAUUUUAUCUCUGCAUUGUGCUAUCAAAAAGGCAAAUGUGGAAUUAAAAGGUUAAGUCCAUUUUGUUUCUUUUCUGAUUUCCUUAGCCUUUGUGGCCUAGUUGUAGAGACUACAAAUAUUAUGUCCUUGGGAGUCUAGGCAAGGCAUCUUGCAACCCCUGGCUUAGUCCCACACGCUGGGAAAUGUCAGAUGCUGUGCAAGUAAUUGAGGAGGGGGCAAGGCGACUGAGGGUGCUUUUCCCUUGGCCAUUCCUAGUAGUUGCAUUAUGAGAGGAGGUUUGCAAUGAUGAGUAACAUGUAGGACUGGCUAGCAGAAAAUAUACAUACACUCCUCUACAAAUCUGUUUUUUAAGUGUACGUGAGAUUAUUGCUACAUACAGUUUAUACGUAAUGCUAACAUUUUAGAGAUCUAAAUUGAUAUAAAUGAAGUCAGAUUGUUCAAAAAUACCUGGGAGUAGGCCUUUCAGCAUACUUUCAGUAAUGACUAAAGUUGACCCAUAACUUAAAUGACCAACCAAAGUACAUUUAGAUUCAAAAAUAUAUUUCUUUGUGAAAAAAGUUAAAUACUAAAUAAUACGGUUCACUUACAUCACAACUGCAACUUAUCUCACUUUUGUCACAGUAAUCACUUUCAAAAUCUAAUAAAGACUAUUUCUACACAAGUAUUUACGCUAAUAUAUUUAAUAUAAUCAAUAUAGCUGCCCUAUAUUUGACUAAAUAUAUAUUUCUUCAUCAGGUACAUUAACAUUUAUUAAUUGUGUUCAUGUAAAAUGGGGAACAAGAGUGCAAGAUGCGUUCACAUAUGGAAAGAUCAUUGCUCUUCUGGUUAUAAUAUCUGUUGGACUUGUGAAACUAGGCCAAGGUAAGAUGAUAUUAUGUUGUAAUUUCUUGUAUUAUACUGCUAGUGAUGUUCUUUGACUUGUCUAUGCAAGUUUUCUAUUAAACAGCCCUCUUGAGUUUCCAUACCUAAUUCCCUCUGCACAUUAUUUAAUCAUUUCUGCAUAUAAAGAAUAGUAAAAACUUUUUUUUUUAUCAACGUGCUUAUUCCAUGGGCAUGGACCUCGAGCUUUAGCACCUUCAGCUUCUAUGUUAAUCCAGGUGUGCCACCAAUUUUCCUUUUUUUCUAUGUAUAUUUGGAAUUCAGUCCAGAUUUUAGUUGGCUGAGAACUCCAUCCUUCUAUUAUAGGUGCCUCUUUGGAGGUAACCACAGGAAAGCAUAAACUGAGGAGUCUCUGAGGAGUCUAUUCAAGUCGUUUAAGCAAAAGAUUAAGAUUAAGUAAGCAUGUUAAUCUUGCAUGAUGAAAUUAGUUUAGGACCCACCGAUAUUGGGGUGCUGUAACUUAGUAGUGGGCUUAACACAAAAUGGCCAUAUGGUGGAACUGAAUCCCAUAUAUUUGUUGGCUGAGAAAAGUGAUUUUAAAUAGCCUAGUAAUUUGCAGAAUAUAUAUCUAAAAGAAAAAACAGACAUAAAACAAUAGUGUAAUAUUAUAAGAUUAUACUCACUGAAUGUGCAAAAACCCUGAGUCACAUUCGGUAGAGUCCUUCGAUUGACUCUGAGCUUUCCACCUGAUCUGGAUCCAGUGGAAAUUGAUAUUUAUAUUCAGUGGUAAAUUAAUAAACAUGCAAUGUCUUGGUAGUUAUCCUCAUAUUUUAUAUUAAUAUUAACAAUGUUGUUAAUUUUGGGAAACGUUCAUUCACAUUUUAUGUAUAUUGUUACGAAGUGUGGUUUAAAUGUUUUCUGCUGGAUGAUGCAGGGUGUUUUUUUUAUUGUAUAUUUGUGCUUUAUCAGGACAGACUGAUAAUCUAAAGGUUCCGUUUGAAGGUUCCACCACUAAAGCAGGGUCAGUGGCACUUGCUCUUUAUUCUGCACUCUACUCUUAUGCUGGAUGGGACACAUUAAACUUUGUCACAGAAGAAAUUAAGAAUCCAAAAAGGUCUGAGUAUGAAUCGAUGUAUUUAUGUGAAUAAAAAAAUAUGGUCAUCACAAAAUAUACAUGGAAAGACACUCAAGGCUUUAGAAAUUUACAAUAUAUUCAUGUUAUUAUUAACAAAGAAAAAGUAACAAAAAAUCAAAAAGCGGUGUAUUUGUAGACCAAUAAAGUUGCCAAACAACCAAAAAAUACAUUUUAGAGGAACAUUCUAAUGUCAAAAAUAUAUGUAUUUAUUUUUAAAAUUACAGUGUGGUUUAGUAGGUUUAGGCUAAGGGCCCUAUUUUGUAAAGAACAAAAAGUUUGAAACAUAAAUUAAACUUCCCAGUAAUCCCGCUCCAAGAUUCCUUACAGAAGCAAAAUCCACCUACCAUUAGAUGAUCAAUCAUGGUGAUCUUUGGCCCAAUCAGCUGCUUCUCAAAUAAAUAAUUGCAACCGUACAACAUAACUGCCAUGCUCUGCUAGUCAAAUGCUACUCAUAUAAAAGCAUUGAAUCUCCCUAUUUCCACCUUUAAUUUUCUAAUUUUGCUCUUUGUAAAAAGAAAAAGAAUUCAAUAUAGGCCUCGAUUUAAUAUUGUUAAAUAAGCUUUCCAAAUUAUUUAAUAUUUUUAGAUACAUUUUUUAAAUGAUUAAAUAUUAUGAAAAAUAUUUUGUUAUAUGUUGUUAUAUUUUACACAUUGGUAUAUUUUUUUUUAUUAUAUAUAUUUUUAUAUUUUAAUUUGUAGGAAAAAUAUUUUGAAAGUAUAUUUAAAAAUAUCAAAUCUUUUGGAAAGCUUAUUAAACUAAGGUCUUAAUUGGUAUUUGUAUCAUUAGGUAACUAAUUAAACAGUACAAUAAAGAUGAAAAGAACAUGGGAUGCAGGAUUGGAAAACUGCAUGCCAGUUUACUUUUAACACUGUUUGUUUGUGAGUGACAUAUUCAAUGCACAUUUUUUUAUACUAUAUUUAUCACAGUGGUGCUAUAAUAUAGCUAUAUGAACAUGUUAUGUUUAAUGCACAAAUACAAAAAAAAAAAAUAGAAUGCCUUUUUUUUCACACAUCAUUCAGUUCUAUAUUGUGGUUUUCCAGUUGCGGCUCCUCAAAUGUCAUAGGAUUUAAUUUAUUUUUUACCUUUACAGUUGUUAUCACUAUGCCUCUCACAUGCCACCUAUACAGCAGUUAAGGCUAUGUUUAUACUGACUGAGUAGAUCAUUUUAAGGGAUUGUAAUAAAAAUCAUUUAAUACACGUCACACUAAAGCCAGUAGUUACUCAUAGGCAUAAUGGAUGCUUAUUGCUGCAGUGGUUUUCUGUCAAUGUGGAUAAUAAUAUAAAUUGGGCCUUGAUUUAAACAUUUUUGGAAAAGCUUCUCAAAUAAUUUCAUAUUUUAAAAUGUAUUUUUAAAAUAAUUAAAAAUUUUGAAAAACAUUGAUUUUCUGAUAUUUUUAUAUUGUUAUAUAUAGUAUAUUUUUUAUAUUUUAAGGUUUAUAAAAUGUUUUUUGAAAAUCAAUUUAGAAGUUUAUCUAACAAUAUUAAAUAAUUCGAAAAACAGAUCCAAAAAUAUUAAAUCGAGGCCUCGGUUCCUGCUUUUAAUUUGAUACAAAUUCAAAACAGUACAGCACAUCUCCGAACCAUAAGCAAGAGCGAGACGGGAGAUGCAGACGGACCCAGAGGAACUCGGGGAGGGGUCCCGGAGGGCGGCGGACCUGGAGCGACGACGGGGGGUGUGAACCCUCCGACCCACGAGACUUCCCUCCUCCCACAGGACAGAAACCACGACAACCUACUAAAACCCAGACACACCAAGGCACUACCCUAGCCGCAUUCCAGCGGGACGCAAGCAUAGAGCUAGGAAAAAACACACCACUCACAGAGCCAUUAACACCGUAAAUCAUAAACCAGAGACCCACAACCAUCCACGUCACCACACAAGAUCCAACCACCGACCAAUUACAAGACCCAACCCAGACAACCCACUCAACCACAAGAGUACAGGGAACACACCAUGGGCACACAACCCCUAAACAAGAGGGCCAUACCCACACAGGAACACCUGACGCCAUAACGGACGACAUUUCCCCAGAGGCACCGAGACACGGGGAAGCAGAGAAUACACACUUAUGAACGAGAACCAAGAACCACACAACACCCACUACUGGAACCCAUAGAGAGGGUCAUGCAACAGGCUAGCCAUGCAAUGGAUAAUUACGGACAGGGUUACGACCUGAAACGCCGUGAAAAAAGACACUAGCAGACCCAUAACUAACCAAACCCAACGAAUGAAUCACCAGGGCCCACAGAGCACUAAACGCUUGGACCGCCCUGGUUCACCCGGCCAAUUACGAACCUAACGACAACGACACCUAAGACAGCCACACCACACCCAACAGGGGCCCCCAAAAGGGAUUAAACAUAUAAGACCCCAAAUGGGGGGGGGGGAAACCUACUGCUAAGGACCCCGGGGAAACACACACAUGACACCACAGACCUACCAAACACCACAUACCGACUCGCGCAUGACUAUAUAAGAGACGACCACGGCAACACACCGAAAUAGGCCAACGUUAAAAAUAACCGAGCUACUGCGAAGAUAGCACACCGACUACCAUUUCACGGUAGAGCAAUACAAAAAGUCAGUAUCUGCAUAGACGUAUUACCCGCCACCUUUGUUACACGGGCAGAGCCUCUGAUCAGGCGAUGAUGAAGCAAAAGUUUGAAUUAGAUGUAUGUAUGCCAAACUAAUACAAACGUAAUAAUAAAAACAAUUCAACACACAACACUUGCAGAAACCAGCUAACACAAAACACUAGCACAAACCAGCUAACACAAUGCAAUUACACAAACCCGCUAAUACAAACUACUAUAUGUACCAGCCAACACAAGACAACUACACAAACACAUUCAUCCACUUCUUUUAGCAUAUCGAUUCUCUCAGACGCAUAUUGGUAAACCAAAAACCACCUAUCGACACCACCACAGCCGUACACGUCUGAUAACAACGCUAACACACAGCAUUAUCAAACCUGUUUAACGAAACUGAUAUACCUAACUUUGCAAAACUUAUGUACUCUUAAAUUUGUCAUGGCAUGGUUACCUUGAAUUAUUCAUGUACCAAUAACAGCGCCUCUGCGUAGGCAAUUAACCGCUUAACCACAAAUAUGUUUGCAAUGGAAUUUAUGUUACGGAAACAAUAAACAUAUUCAAAACAAAUUCAAAACAGCAAGUGUUUAAAAAACAAACAAAAAAAAUGGUAGUUUCCAUGAACCAGUUAUUCAUGCAAUAAACGUUGUGGCUAUGGAGUUGAAAGCACACACUCUUAUACCAAACAGACCAGAAAUACAGAUCAAGAUGCUUUAUGGUAUUUGUUUAUUUAGACAGAUGAAAUUUCACCUCGCGCUGCUUCAGUCCUCUCUUCUUGGAAAGGUCUGCAAAGUAGCUGCUGCUUUUAUUUUCAUACGUUCUUAGAAACCUAUUUCUCAUUUAUUCUUUGGUAUAAAGUUUAACCUACAAAAAGAUAACUGGAACUAUAGAUAUAAGACAAUAAAUCUGAAUUGUAUUUCUGAUCAUGGUGCGUAAUUACAUAGUAAAAGGUUUAAUGCAAACAAACUCUUUAGUCGUUUAAUAGAGUAUUUAUCAAUAAUUAUUUUAACUUCCUGGAAUUUUGUUUGGCAAUAUCCACAAAAACAUAACAGAGCUAAAAGCAAUGAAAAUUGUAUUUGCCUAACCCCUUGUCCUAAAGGGAUUAAGAUAUAUUUGAGAUUAUAAGAACCCCAGCAACAGGGUACAGGACACAAAGUACAGGGUAGAGUGCCUUCAAUUAUAUGUGUAAACUACUGACUGGAUUCACCAGAGUCAGCAAAACUGGGUUAUAUCUCGAUGUCUCACUAGUGGAGAUUACCCAAUGCAAGCUAUUGUGGGGACAGUUGCCCCCAGUAAUCACAAUGCCUUUCAUUCUCAGCCAAUGGGCCUCCAUUAAAGAACGCACACACAUGCACUUGUUACUGCUGGUCACUCGAUAAGGCUGUCCAGAAGUAGCCUGAAUGUCUACAAUCCCAGCCUCAAAACAACUUUAGCUGAAUGAUUAUGUUACGGGGACAGUUGUGUCUGUGUUAAACCAUUGUCCUAUCUGCCUCUUCAGUUCCUUUCUAUUGGCCGGGUAGAAAGUUAAAGACUGAGAUUGUCCACUGAUGCCCAUUGAGAGAAAUAAUAUAGGUGCCAGGGGACCAUCUUUAAGGUAAACCAUCGGACACUGAUAGAGCUAAAGUUGUUAGGGGGUUGGAAGUGUUCCUCUAAUUUUAGGAUUAGUUAAAGGUAUCUGAUAAAGACGAGUUCCAAUUAAGGAGCCUGGCUUCAAAAAUAAAUUACCACUUGUAAAACAUCACUUUUAGUAGAUAUAUUAGAAUCUCUUGUAAAUAUAAACAGACAUUUAGAGAAGAAGGAAAAGAAAAGCAAUCAAAACCACCCAAAUAAGUGUUAAUGUGAUAAGUGCUUAAAGGAUAUUAUAGUGGUAGGAAUACAACCCACCCUCCCAGUGCAUAAAGGGUUAAAUUAACUCAAUUGAUUCCAGUGCCAUUCUCCCUCGGCGCUGGGUCAGCGCUCAGCCUCCUCCGACGUCAACCAACGGGGGUACCUAAAGCGUAUGUGCGGCGAGUGUUGCAAGAGCAUUAAGCCCCCCCCCCCCAUAGGAAAGCAUUGACUCAAUGCUUUCCUAUGGGGAUUGCAAUGACGAUGGAGGUCCUCAUGCAGACCUAGGGUCCGGUAAAAUCCUGGAAGCGCCUUAUAGUUUCUUCCUUGACAUUGUGUUAACAGACACCUGUAUGCUCCAGACCAGCAUGGGAAAGCAUUGGAUUGGCUAAAAAUGGACAGUUCUGAUUAUGUCACCAAGUAGGCGGGGCCAGUGCUGGCAGACCUGCCCGGCGCUGGAAAUAAAGUGAGUUUUUUAUGCUUUUAAGGGGGGCAAGCCACCUUAAUGGUUGGUUUUGCACUAUAUGGUCAGGAAUAUAUGGUUGUGUUCCUGACCCUAUAGUGUUCCUUUAAAUAAAUCAUGACACGGUGUAAUAUGCCAUGUGUUGUUGUUCAUCUCAGGUUGUAUUUACCUAAUCUUAAGACCUGCUAAGGAACAGAUGAUUGUUAUUAUGUUCUGAUGUGUAAAACAGUAGAAUUCAAAGAGGGUGUACUUUCUUUUUCCCAUGACUAUAAAAGUUACGGAUUGUACCUCUUUAGAUACUAUAGUUUCUCCAAUAUCCCGGCAGAUGUAUACAUAUGGGAUAUUGCUUUAUUAAGGAGAUACAGCAGAAUACAAAUCUAUGGACAAUAUCCAUAAAAUUCACCAUAAGAGUUCAACAUGGAUGUGAAAACAAAACAAAUCUUUAAAGGGAAACUCCAGUGCCAGGAAAACAAUCAGUUUUCCUGGCACUGCAGGUCCCCUCUCCUUCCCACCCCCCAAUCCCCAAUUGCUGAAGGGGUGAAAACCCCUUCAGUGACUUACCAGAGGCUAGAAAUCAGGAAGUGCCCUCUUGUGGCUGUCUAGUAGACAGCCACUUGAGGAGGAGGUAACCCUGCAAUUUAAUUAUUGCAGUUUAUAAAAAAACUGCAAUAAUUACACUUGCAGGGUUAAGGGUAGUGGGAGUUGGCACCCAGACCACUCCAAUGGGCAGAAGUGGUCUGGGUGCCUCGAGUGUCCCUUUAAAUUCGACUGAAACUGGUGAUGAAAUAGCCAAGUAAAAAUACUAAAUAUUUUCCAUAUGAAAUAUCAUAAAUUGUUGUCUUUUACAAAUGGUAUGCCAGAUGGGAACUACUAUUUGUAGAAAAAAUAGACAUGGGCCCAGUAAGUUCAUUAGGGAAAAAUUGUAUACUUUUUACAAAUACAUGCUUUUGUGUAGAGGUUUUAUAUUAUGUGAAACUGCAUUAUAUUAUGAUAGUUGAGCUCGUCUCCAUUUUCAUCCCCAAAAUAUUUGCCACUGUGAAUGCUCUUCAUCUCUUUAUGAAUGUACUACUUUCUAUUUGCCAAAUAAAUUUGUAACAAUUGCACAUAUUAGACUUUUUUUAGCAUCACUCAUCUCUUUUUUUCACCACACGCAGAUGUCUGAUUCAUGAAUCAAAAUGAACAUGCUCGGCUAUUGCACAAUUUGGUUGGUUCCAUAGGCGUGCGCAGCCUAUUGCAUUAGGGUGUGCACCCUAAAACACAAACACACGCCGCAUGUGUGUGUGUGUGUGUGUAUAUAUAUCUAUAUAUAUCUAUAUAUAUAUAGAUAUAUAUAGAUAUAUAUACACACACACACACACAUGCGUGUGUGUGUGAAUGUGUGUGUGUGUGCGCAUGUGUGUGUGUGUGUAUAUAUAUAUAUAUAUAUCUAUAUAUAUAUAGAUAUAUAUAUAUAUAUACACACACACACACAUACACUGCUGUGUGUGCUGUUAUUGUGCUGUGUGCUGUUAGUGUGAUGUGAGGGUGUUUGUGUGUGUGUUUGUGACUGUGCUGUUUGUGUGUGACGGUGUUUGUGUGUGUGUGUUUGUCCUGUGAGGGUGCUGUUUGUGUGAGUGUCGUGUAUUUGUGAGGGUGCUGUUUGUGUGUGUGUGUUUGUGAGGGUGCUGUUUGUGUGUGUUUGUGAGGGUGCUGUUAGUGUGCUGUGUGUGAGGGUGUUGUGUUUUUUUUAAAGGUGCUGUGUGUGUUUGUGAGGGUGCGGUUAGUGUACUGUGUGAGUGUGAGCUGUAUGUGUGUAGGUGCUGUAUGUUUGGAGGGAUUGUGGAGGUGGAGGCAGAUUAGUAAAUCCUUGCUGCCAUGUGCCAUCCCUGGUGGUCCAGUGGAGAGUAAACGCUCAGAUAUCGCGAGAGGAACCUGGCGGAGCUUCUGUCUAGAGCUCCCUGGGUCCUCUCCUGCCUCCCUCCAUGCUGCUGUGGGCCGGUGAGGUAGAUCUUUGGUCUCCCCACCGGCCCAUGUAGGCUUAGAGCAGUGCCGGCACUCAGAUAGCGCCGGCUCUGCGUGAGCCGGCAGGGGAGAUCGGGAUUCCCACCCCACAAAAAAAAAAAUAUACACAUGUGUGUGCAUAUAUAUAUAUAUCUAUAUAUAUAUAUAUACGGCGUACACACACACACACACACACUCACAGACACAUUCAGACACACACACACAUACACUCACAGACACACACACAUUCACACACAUACACUCACAGACACACACACUCACAGACACACACACAUUCACAGACGCACACUCACACACAUACACUCAGACACACACACAUUCACACACACACACACACUCACACACACACACAUACACUCACAGACACACACACAUUCACAGACACACACAUUCACAAACACACACUCACACACAGACACACACACACACAUACACUCACAGACACACACUCACACACAGAUACACACACAUACACUCACAGACACACACAUUCACAGACACACACAUACACUCACAGACACACACUCACACACAGACACACACACAUACACUCACAGACACACACAUUCACAGACACACACACAUACACUCACACACAUACAAAUUAUUAUAUUUUAAUAAUACAAUGUCCACCCCGCCUCCCUACCUGGAGUGCUGGCGUGGACUUUUCCCUGGGGUCCAGUGGGGCGGGCGCCUCUCUGCAUCUCAGCCGCAGCGAGGGAGCUGUCUGCGCUCUGCUCCCUAUCGCCGCGCGGGCUGUCUGCUGUAGCUGGGAGCCGGAAUAUGACGUCAUAUUCCGGCUCCUGGCAUCAGUGCGUGGCUAGAGGGAGCAGAGAGCAGACAGCUCCCUCACCGCGGCUGAGCUGGAGAGAGGGGGGGGUAUCCAUCACCUCUUGCCCUCCCCAUGACAGUGGCAAGAGGUGAGACAGGGGGCGCUGAGUGCCUGCAGGAACAGUGUUCCUGCUCAAAAAAAAGUGCAGGAACGCUGUUCCUGCAGGACUCAAACCAUUAGGGUGUGCCCAGGCACACCCGGCACACCCCGUGCGCACGCCUAUGUUUGGUUCAUGAUUUGGUAACAUCUUGGCCUAGAGGUCGAGAAGUCAAUCACCCAAUCUCCCCAAAUUCUGACUAAUCUCAAUUCAAACCUAAACAACUUUCCAAGUCUUUUAAGAACCAGUAUUUUCUAAGAAAUAAUUGAGUUAUCUAGUUUUUAAUUUUUUCUUCUUGUUGUAGGAGUCUUCCUUUAGCUAUUGGAAUUUCAAUGCCUAUUGUUACUGUUAUAUAUCUGCUGACUAAUGUGGCAUAUUAUGCAGUCCUAGAUAUGCCAGCUGUUCUUGCCAGCGAUGCUGUUGCUGUGGUAAGUAAUAAUACUGCUCUGCAACAAAUAUCAUUUAUGAUGUUAAAGGGACACUAUAGUCACCAAAACCACAUUAGCUUAAUAAAGCAGUUUUGGUGUAUAGAUCAUGUCCCUGCAGUCUCACUGCUCAAUCCUCUGCCAUUUAGGAGCUAAAUCACUUUGUUUAUGAACCCUAGUCACACCUUCCUGCACGUGACUUGCGCAACCUUCUUAAACACUUCCUCUAAACACUUCCAUCUAAACUUUAUCCUUUCUGUAUUGCAACUUCUGUUUAAUUUAGAUUUUCUUAUCCCUUGCUAUGUUAAUAGCUUGCUAGACCCUGCAAGAGCCUCCUGUGUGUGAUUAAAGUUCAAUUUACAGAGCAAGAGAUUCAAUUGUUUAAGGUAAAUUACAUCUGAUUGAAAGCGAAACCAGUUUUUUUUUCAUGCAGACUGUGUAAUUCAGAGUCAGGGAGGUGUGACAAGGGCUGCAUAAACCAAAACAAAGUGAUUUAACUCCUAAAUAGCAGAGAAUUGAGCAGUGAAACCUAAGAUGCAUGUUCUAUACACUAAAACUGCUUCAUUAAGCUGAAGUUGUUUAGGUGACUAUAGUGUUCCUUUAAAUAGAAUGUUAUUAGAUAUUUGUGGUAGUUUAUCUAUUUGCCUGUCUACCAAGAGUCACAAUUUAGUACAUGUCUAAUCUAGAUUAUAAUUUUUAAUCCAAAGCAGCUGCUACUAUUGUGUAUAUAAUGUCUCUCUUGUUUUUAUAGAGCUUUGGUAAUGAAGUUCUGGGUUAUGCAAAAUGGCUGAUUCCAGUAGCAGUGGCAAUGUCUUGUUAUGGAGGAUUAAAUUCAUCAGUAAUUGCAGCUUCAAGGUAAGAAGUGGCAUGGCAUGUAUUUCACACCUGUGAAGGUUUGUCCAUAGUGGCACUUGAGGCAGUGCUUGUGCAGUGCAGCGGGUGAGGGCCCUAGGUCAGAGCUGGACUGGCCCACCGGGAUACCGGGAAAUUUCUUGGUGGGCCGUUGGCACCUGGGGCUGGGCAAACAGCUGGGUGUGCUGGGGGUCUUGUGCUGGAAUCUGACGGCUGCUGGGGGACUUGUGCUAGCGUCUGCUGGGGGAGCUGCGCUGGAUAAAAAUGCAGGAUAAAAAUGUUUAAUUAAAAAAAUAAUCACUCAAUUCAUGUAACUUCUAAUAAUAUGCAUAUAUAUUUGUGUAUGCAUGUAUCUAUAUAUGUGCACACACAGUAUAUAAGCAGGUGCAUGUAUUAUUAAUAAAUGUGUAUUAUAUUAAAGUGUAUGUAAAUCACAAAAUAUACAAAGAGCAUUAAAUUCCAUCUGUGCAUUGUGCUAGCAGAAAUUCUAGCAUAUGUAUAAAUUUUAAUUUAAAGCUCUUUAGAAAAUGUGGUCCAUCCCCUAUCUGUCAAUAUAAUUCUCAACGUUAGACUGUGUGCCAGUGGCACACAGGGUCUAAUGUCAUAGAGCGAGUUACAGGUUGUCCUCUUGCUCCCUGUCACUGUGUUAGUGUGGGAUGCAUUGAGGCCAGCAUGUAAGCAUCAGCACAUGGGGUGGCCAUGCCUAGAGAAGUGACCCCAAUUAGGGCCAAUUACUCCAUACAGCAGCCAAACCCCAUAUACACUUACACACAUACACACAAUCACACUCUGCCAACUACACACAUACAUAUCACACUCUGCCGACCAACAGAAUCACACCAAUCUACCACCUUCAUAAUUACACCAGCCACCACACACAUACCACUCAAGUGUAUUGCUUAAGGGGGAGCAACCUAGGUUCGGAAAAGGAGAGUCAGAAAGGGGGGUCCUUCUUUGAUUCGUGCACCAGGGCCCUGUGAUUCUUCAUUAUGUUCCUGUCUAUAAACCCUAAAUAUUUGUAUGGAACAAUCAAAGUAUUUUUAUUGUGAUUAAGAUGAAUAUGUUGGUGGGAAAAGCAGUGAGGAGAAUAAAGGAGAGAGCGACCUUGGGUUAAGGAGGAACCUUUGCUGAGAUUAGAAUUUUGGAGGCAUUUUUAAUACAUUUGGGCUGAAGUUAAAAAAAUUGAGUAGGAGUUUCCCAAUGUUCGAUGGUUAACAAAGAGAUUUAAAAUGUGCAGAUUAUUCUAUGUUGGAGCAAGGGAAGGACACCUCCCUACAAGUCUGAGUUUGAUUCACUUGAACAAUUUCACACCAGUGCCUGCUCUGCUCUUCAAUGUAAGUAUUAACAAAUAAUGAACAUGCAACAUUGUUAUUACUAGUAUUAUUAAUUGUUAUUUAUUAGCAAUUGAUUUGUUUAUAAAUGUCCAACUUUAUAAUUUACCACAAAUUGAAUUUGUUUCCAUGGCUGUAAAAAGGUGUGUCCAUUCAAUACUCACACUCAUGGGGGUAUUUCCCCACUUAAAUUAUACCAGACUGUAGCCACCAGGAAAGCUCCGGUUUUCAUGAUACUGCCCGGAGUAGUUUCAUAGAAACUAUUGGGACAACAUCCACUUACCUUCUGUACCAUUACCUAUCAAACAAUCAGGGGAAAGUUGGCUUCAUGAGGACAAUUUGAGGUCAAACGAGCACAUUAUCACAUCACACUCAAUUUCUUGAUUUUAUAUUAAAAGUUGCAUACUAUUGUAAAAAGUAUCACCAUUGUUCAAAACAAUGCAAACAAACAUAUGCUUGUGUCUUAAUAGAAUACUGUUUACACUGUAAAUGAACAUAAAAAGGAGUAAUUAUUUAUGAUAAAAGUUAAAUAGGCAUACAUUCAAGCUGUUAUAUUUUCUCUCUCUUUCUCUCUCUUUCUCUCUCUUUCUCUCUCUUUCUCUCUCUUUCUCUCUCUUUCUUUCUCUCUCUCUCUUUCUCUCUCUUUCUUUCUCUCUCUCUCUCUCUCUCUCUCUCUGUCUCUCUCUCUCUGUCUCUCUCUCUCUCUCUCUCUGUCAAUGCACUGAAAGAUUAUUAUUUAUAGUAGUUCACUUCUACUCAUCCACUGUAUUACUCUUGCCAAAGUAGCAAUAUUAUACUAAGUGUCAUUUAAUAGCUGUAAAUGUAACCGUGGAUACUCAGUAGCUUAAAGGGCCACUAUAGUGCCAGGAAAACAUACUCAUUUUCCUGACUCUAUAGGGUCCUUGGGUUCCCCUCACCCUCUGGGUCCCCCUUCCUCCGGGCUCUAGGGUGCGGAAGGGGUUAAAUUCCUACCUUUUUCCAACGCCGGGCUACCUCGGCGCUGGGGAAUCUCCUCCUUCUUCUGCCGUCAUUGGCUGAAUGCGCAUGUGUGGCAAGAGCUGCGCGCGCAUUUAGCCAGUCUCAUAAGAAAGCAUUUUUAAUGCUUUUCUAUGGACGCUGGCUUCUUCUCAUGUGAAAAUCACAGUGAGAAGCAUGAAAACGCCUCUAGCGGCUGUCAAUGAGACAGCCACUAGAGGCUGGAUUAACCCAUUUGUAAACAUAGCAGUUUCUCUGAAACUACUGUGCAGGGCCGUCUUUAACGCGGGGCAAAAGGGGCACUUGGGCCCUGUCAUUCCUAGGGGGCCCAAAGCAGCUGCCCCUUGAGCCCGCUGGCCGCUGUGGUGCUUGCGGGCAGACCAGUGUGGGCCGCACGAUGAGGGGCCCCAUCGGGUGGCCCAUGCUCUUAGGGCCACCCGAUGGCAAUGAAUCUGCAGGGGCCCGGUCAGCACUGCGGCGCUUUAACAGUGCGACCGGGCCCCCAGUGAUGAGGUCAGCGCUAGGAUUAAGUGCAGUCACUUCCUCCUAGCUAACACAGAGAAUGCCGCGUGGGAGGGAGGAAGAGAGGAGGAGCGCGGACUGAGAGAGCGCUCAACUCCCAACAGCCUCAGACAGCCACUGGACAGCAGGUAAGUCAUCCUCCUGCACCCAAAAGGUAGGAAACAGGAGGGUGACUGAAAUUGUAUAUUUUUCAUGCAUGUCUGUUUGUGUGUAUAUAUCUGUCCGCAUGUGUAUCAGUCUGUGCAUGUGUCUGUUUGUGUGUGUAUCUGUCUGUAUGUGUAUAUGCAUGUGGGUCUGUGUGUAUAUAUGUCUGUAUGUAUAUCUGUGUAUCUUUAUGUGUGUUUCUGUGUGUAUAGCUGUCUUUAUGUGUAUAUGCAUGUGUCUGUAUCUGUGUGUAUCGGUCUAUAUGUGUAUCUAUGUGUCUGUAUGAGUCUCUGUAUGCGUAUUUGUGUAUGUGUACCUGCAUGUAUGCCAGUGUGUCUGUAUGUGUUUCUGUGUUUCUGAAUAUGUGUCUGUAUGUGUUAGUGUGUGUUUGUGUAACUGCAUGUAUGUCUGUGUAUGUAUCUGCGUGUUAUUGUGUGUAUCUGCAUAUAUGUCAGGAUGUGUUUGUCUGUUUAUCUGUGUUUUAGUGUGUGUCUGCAUGUUUGUCAGCGAGUAUCUGUAUAUCUGUAUGUGUGCCAGUGUGUAUCUGUGUAUGCACCUGUGUGUCUGUGUAUCUGUCUUUGUAUGUCUGUGUAUUUAGAUGUAUGUACCUGUGUAUGUGUGAGUCUGCAUUUGUGUUAGUGUUUGCAUCUGUAUGUGUAUCUGUGUGUGUAUUUUCACUAGGUAAAAGUGUGACUAUGUCUACGAUCUAUGCAGGGCCGUCUUUAAUAUUGAUUGGACCCUGGGCAAGCAUCUGCUUGGGCCCCCUGGGCAUGCAAUCACUCCCUCCACCCCAACCUAGAGGCGAAACUAAGAGAGUGCCUUGGUGCAAAAAAAUAAUAAUUCAGGCCUGCCCUGUAGCACAAGAGUAAAGAGUAAAGAAAAGAUAGAUCCCCAUCUGUCAUACAACUCCUGCGAUGCUAUGCCAGGUGGGGAUCUACCAUCCUUGCAGGGUUGUAUUUUUGAGCAGUGUUUGUGCAAUUGAAUGUCAGCAUGUUAUUGUAUAGAGUGUAUGUGUGCAUGUAGGGGUGUAUUUGUAUGUACUGUUACCAUUGGAAUGCAGUGGUGUACUUGUGUGUAGUGUUUGCGUUUGAAUGCAGUAAUGUGUGAUUGUCUGUAGUGUUGGCUUUUAAAUGCAGGUGUACUUUUGUGUGUAGAGUUGGUGUUUGUAUAUAAUUUUAGCGUUUUAAUACAGGAAUGUGUUUGUAUGUAAUGUUUGUAUUUGCAUGCAGGGGGUUGUUUGGAUGUAGUGUUGUGUACAUUUGUGUGUAGUAUUGGUGUUUCAGCAAACUGGUGUGUUUGUAUGUAAUGUUUGUGUUUGCAGGGCUCUGUUUGCAUGUUGUGUGAUUUCUAUAACACAUAUACACAUACACAUUAACACGCAGAUACACACAUAGGCACACUGACACAUGCUCACACCUUGACACAUACUGGCACAUACACACACACACUCAGAUACACACCCUUUGACACACAGAUACAAGCACUUUGAUACACACACACACUGGCACAUCCACACACAGAGGUACACACACACACUGACACAGGUAUGUACACACACACUCAGAUACACACAUACAUAAAGGUAUAAAUGCAGGGGUGUAUAUGUGUACAGUGCUAGAGAUGGAGUGUAUUUGUGUUGGCAUUAAAAUGCUGGGAUGUAUGCAUUACCACACACUCAGAUGCACACUUACACACACUGACACAUACAUACAUACACACACAAACACACACACAGGUACACAUACACACUGACACACAAGUACACAUACACAGGUAUACAUACACACAGAAACACUGACACACAGACAAACACAGCCAGAUACAAACACUGACACAAACACAGCCAGAUACACACAAGGACAUAAACACAGCCAGAUACACACACACACACACAUAUAUGUGUACAUUUACAUAUUUUAAUCUCUGCCUUCUAGCAGCUCUUGGACAGCAACUCCCAGCAACCUUGGCCAUAAUAAUGUCUCAACUCUGUUCUUACAUACCCUGGUCCAGAAUUUGGCAAAAGUGACAUUUGGAAAUGGUGUACAGCCUUUGAUAACACUUGAUGCAAUAAUAUGUUAAAAUAAAUACUUUAAAAAUUUAUAUUUAAUAGGGAACUGUCAGGUUCUUCUAGGAUUUUUAACAUGUACUUAUUCCCUGUGUGUUACAUUACAAACACCAACACUUGAAUAAAAGUGAUAUCAGAAAUAAGCAAAACAAAAAAACAAAACAUAGUUAGCCACCCUCCUGUCUCCUUACCUUUUGGGUACAUAAAGGUGGCUUCCCUGGGGUCCAGUGGGAGGUUGUUGGCCCAGGCUGAUGGGAGUCUGCCAUCAGCUUUCUCAGUCCCUCUCCCCAACAAUGCUUGCAUCCUCCUCCGUGUGGUGUGUGCCUCCUCCCCAGCGGCACUGAGGAGGAAGUGAUCUGACCUCACUGCCUCCCAGCAUGCCACGGAGAAGAAAAGGGAUCACAGGGCAGUGUGUGAGGGGCUAGCUGUGUGUUUGUAUUCAGCCAACCCCCAUAUUACAAGGGCCCGGUCCAGAGCACUAUUAAAGGGCUGUGGCCCCUGAUUAACUCAGGUGCUGCAGGGGGCCCAUGGGGGCCCCCAGGAGUAACUGGGCCCGGGGCAGCUGCCCCUUUUGCCCCUCCUUAAAGACGGCCCUGGAUCUAUGUGUGUUUUUUUAUUUUUGUGUGUCUUUGGGCGGAAGGCGUGUUUGCAUGCUAGAAGGUGGGCGGGAGGGGACCAGGGGGCCCAAGCUAAUGCUUGCCCAGGGUCCAGUCAACAUUAAAGACGGCCCUGCUAUUAUGUUUACAGCAGGCAGGGUUAAUCCUAGAUGGACCUGGCACCCAGACCACUUCAUUGAGCUUAAGUGGUCUGGGAGCCUAUAGUGGUCCUUUGAUCAGGAUCCCCCACCGGUCCUGGGCCCCCUCACACUCCGAUAGGCGGCUCCCCAAGUUCCGGCCAUGUCUGGACACUGGUUCCCUGGACCACCGUCCUGCUGUUGAUGGCAGCGAUGUCUUCUGCCUGGUCUGUAAUUAUAUGGCAGCAAGUGUGAUAUACCUAAAAGAAGACUUUACGUUCGGUUGUUCGAUCUGUUCUAUACCUACAUCAGUGAUACCAUCAGUGGGUGACCUGCAGUUGUUUAGACAAAGAAGGAAAAAAGUAAUUGUUGGUAAGAAAUCAUCAGUAGCCUGAGUACAAAACACCCCAGGAGCCCCAAAUCUAAUGAAACACAUCAGAGGAUCCUCAGAGAAUGGCUACGAUGACUGUUCUCUGCUUGCUUGGAUACAGAAAUUUGUCUCUAUGGUAUCAUAGGGAUUGAUAUACCCAGUGUGAAGUAGUUCUAAAUAGUACCGAGCUAGUGUACAAUUAACAAUGCCAUACAUAAGGGGCUUUCUUCUUAUAGAUAUUUUACAAUUGUUGGUAACUCGUAAUCAUACUGAUAUGCACUAUGGGCAUUAUGUGUUUGUCUGUAUGCAUGUUUCUUUUAAAGCGGCACUGUCACUAUCUGUGGACUUUUGCAAAGGCGUCUGCGGCUGUGGGUCUGGUGGCUUGGGGGGCAGUUAAAGGUGAGAUUUGCUCGCCUGAACUUGUCCCUUGUGGGCGCUGCCAUCUUCCUACGGCCGGUCCUCCAGGAGCACGCACGUGAGUACAGCAUUGAGGUCUACGGAGGAUCUUGCGAGACCACAGGAUCCUCCAUAGACAGAGCCAAUACCUCGCAACCUUUGACUGGGUUGGACUUUUAGUGAACUUCCAACACAGUCAAAAUGAGUAUUUCAUAAAGAUUCUGCUUUAUUCUAACAAGCAUCCAGAGUUACAUUGUUACAGGUACUGAAAUAAAUGGAACCAGUGGUGUACUAUUCCUUCUUUGGUAACUCUGGUACAUUGCAAACAGUAAAUGAUUGAUAUCCUUUGUGGCAAAAUAAAUGAUUUAUCAUACAAAACUUUCUUACAGCGUGCAAAGGUUCUUUUCAUGCAAUAAAAAUAGGCCUGGGGGAGACAAAUUAGCAAAUCCACAGCUGAUACAGGCAUUUGUACUAUAUCAAUAUGUUUGUGUAUGUCAAAGAGGGCAGUUACAAAAGAGAAAGAAAAACGAUAAUGAUGGAUGGGCUUAGCAUUACAUGCACUUUGGCCUAGAUAAUCCCCUUAUAUACAAGUAAUUUUAGUACUCUUCUAAUUUACUGACCAAAGCUUGCUUACCCUGAUUCCUGAAUAAAACUCUUGGCACAAGUAGUAUUAGGUCAACAAGCUGUCUCAUGAUAUGAACCAUCCAGUCAUAUCACCAUUACAUGUCUUGGAACAACAAGCCUCCUGCUGAAGGUUCUUUCAGUAGCUAUAAAUUCUACACUGUUAUCAUUUCUGGGUAAUGUAAUGCUACAUAACAUGUAGAAGCAUAAAAGCAUACAAAAAUAGAGAUGUAUAAAAGCUGUACAGUUUUAAACCGGUGACUUUGGCAUGCCAUAGAUUAAAACAAGCUAUAAUAAAUGUAGUAAAUGCUUUAUAUAUCUGGUGAUCAGUGGUUAACCUCUUAAGGAGCAAAAUGUUUUUGUGAUGCGAAACGUUUGUGACCAAGGCAUUUUUUGGUACUUUUGCCAUGCAUUCAUUCUACCAAGUUCCUGUUCCUGCUCUCUGGAUUUAAGAGAGGUCUACCUACGGGAAGCUGGAUCCUGGUCUUGGGUCUAGAGUUGGCGGAAGACGGCAAGACCCCAACCAAGCUGCAGUGGUUUGUGGGAUCUGCGGUAGUUAUGGUGUCUGGUGGAGUGCUUGGAGGCCUCAGGAAGCACUAGGAGUAACCGUCAACGGAAGGUACCCAGUUGGGUUGCCAUGUGUUCCGUUACAAUAUCCUUUACCCUAAUCCUGUAUAUCCAACCCUUAAUCAAACCCUCAAUCCAACCACUAAUCCAACCCUUACUCAAACCCUCAAUCCAACCACUAAUCCAACCCUUAAUCCAACCUAGAAUGCAACCUCUAAUCCUACCUAUAAUCCAAUUUAUAGGCCUACCUAUAAUCCUAAUCCCACCUAUUAGUCUCACCGCUCAACGGAUUCCCUCUGUUGAUGUCAGUACUGACAUUAGUAGAGGGAUAUCCCAGCUCACACAGUACAGAUAGGGAGAGCUCACUCUCAUGCUGCACCUGCUCCCACACAGAGAUUGGUGCUGGGUAGCUGGCUCAGCACUAAUCCUGCUGCAGGGAGCAGGCAUGGAGUGUGGAGUCCUCCUCGGUGUCUUUUCAGACCCUAAGGGUGUCUCCCAGAAACAUGCACGAUACCUGGGGAUAUCACUUUUUAUGAUGGAGACUGGAAGCGGUGAUAGAAACUUCUCAGCGAUGCUCAUACCUUAUCUGUCAUUCUGGAUCCCACUGUCGGUGUGGUGCUAACUGUGGCCCCAGCUGAGAGAAAGUUUCUUUAAACCAGUAGGGAUUGAACUCCUGCUGGUACUUCUAAUGCAUGAAGGUAACUGGAUGUUUAAGACCCAAAACAUUGACCUACACUACUAGCAAAGGUAAAAUUAUUUUCCCCAGGCAAAACGAUAUCAGCAAAUGUAUUGAAACGCUACUUCUGUAUGACCUAAUGCUUUUGGUCUUCCGUGUUUGAAGAUGACCUUUUUUGUCAUACUUUGUUUUGUUUUUUUUAAAUAUAUUUUAGGGUCUAAUGGCUAUCAUUUAUCUUCUUGUUGAAGACGUGUUUCAACUAAUAAAUUAUUACAGCUUCAGUUACUGGCUGUUCGUGGGACUUUCUGUCGCUGGAUUAAUAGUUUUGAGAAUAACUCAACCUAAGCGAAUGAGACCAGUUAAGGUAAUGAGCCCAUGUAUUGUUGAUGGGAGAACAAUUUCAACAAGUAAAAAAAAAAAAUAGGGGGAAACAUUAAAGGGAAACUCCAAGCACUUGGUCAUUAUAAAACAAAUGACCUCGCAUUUAAAUCCCAAGCCAGAUUGAUUUCACUUGAUGUUCCAGUGUUUUAUGUACACCUGUGGUUAAGCAGUUUACCCAUGGUUGUUUAAAGCUCCAUAGAUAAGGGCACAAUAUAAGAAACAAAAUCUAUAAUAAACUAUACAUUUCCACUAGUCAUGAUCUGGUCACCAUGAAAAAUAUGUGGAGCUUUAUCUAGGCAAGUGGUGUUUUGGGUGGAAAGCGGUAAAUCAUGAGGAUAUAUUCUAUGGCUUCCAUGGUGACUGAUUUUUAUUAAGCACAUUGCUCCAGAAUUUUAAUGCUUGUAUUGUUGGAUGUGUAAAGAAUGUGCCCUCUUUUUAAAAUUUACAAAAAGUGCAGAUUUCUAUUUCAAUAGAAAUCUACACUUUUAUAAUUUAUACUGGGCUCACCCCUCCCUCCCGACUUUUCAAUCAGACAACAGGUCCUGUUACUUCCUGGUUUGGUUAGCUCAGUGAAGCUAAACUCAAGAGGCAGCAAUUGCUCAGAGCACCUGCCUUGCAAAAACGUCUAAUUGAGCUGUAUUAGGAAGUCUGUGAUUAGACAGACACAGAAAGUUUGGGAGGGGUUAGAAAAGGGGAGAGCUUGCAAAUGCAGCAGACAAAAGAAAGGCAGAUUAUGUAAGCAAUUUUUAUAUAUGUCCCCAAUGAAAAAUCCCUAAAUAAAUGCAUACAUGCUUUUAUUGGGAGUAUAUCUACUAAGCAAUGAUUUUAUUUUUAGCGACAUGGGGGGUUCUCUCUUACUUAGGCAGUGAAGUGUCCCUUUAACCCAGGACGUCUUAAGUAAUAUCUUAUAGGAUUCUUCUAUGAACUAGAGCCCAUAUAAAUGCAUUUAUAUAAAUGUAUUCCACAUGUAUUUUAAUCCCUUCUACCAUAUGCACACAUAUAUAUAGGUAAUGUCAAUGCACAUGAACCUAAUUAUAAAAAUAUAUAUUUUUGUUAUUUGUAGAUCAGUCUCUUCUUUCCAGUGGUGUAUUGCCUCUGCAGUCUUUUUCUUGUUAUAGUGCCUCUCUAUAGUGAUACAAUUAAUUCAAUCAUUGGUAUUGGCAUUGCCCUCUCUGGAAUACCAGCUUAUUUUCUUGGAGUUUAUUUACCUGUGGGAAAGAGACCACGAUGUUUCUCUUGGAUUUGUGGUAAGUAAUAUUCCUACAUAUCUAUAAUGCAUAUGUUGCAAUUUAAAAUUACACUUCCCCAAUAUUUCUGCCAUACCUUCAACAUGCUUACGAUAUGAAUAUUUUGAAUAUCAAAAAAGAGGAAGAAAGAAUUAGCUUAGAUGCACCUAAAUAUCCUGGAUUAUAAAUUAAUCCAUAUCCUGCUUUAAUUCUUUAAAAUAUAGGAAAAAGAGUUAUCAAGUCUAUGAUACAAUAAUCAUUUUAUUAAUUCCUAACUCCCUCGGCAGUGCCUAUCCACCUUAUUCUAAAAGGACCCAUACACCCUCUCUCCAUAUUAUUAUUAUUAUUAUUAUCGCCAUUUAUAUAGCGCCAACAGAUUCCGUAGCGCUUUACAAUAUUAUGAGAGAGGGGAUUUAACUUUAAAUAGGACAAUUACAAGAAAACUUACAGGAACGAUAGGUUGAAGAGGGCCCUGCUCAAACAAGCUUACAGUCUAUAGGAUAAAACAAAGAGUGUUAAGCUAGCCAGCAUUAAACACAAUCACACGCCCUCACCUAAUAUAUAGUGCCAUUUGGUGCCCAAUCACCUCAUACUAAAUGGCACUUUAAAUAUCUACCCCUAUAUUUAAUGUGAAAUAAGACAGAAAUGCAAGUGCAUAAUUAGUACAACUGUCUAUUAUCAAAACAUGCAUCCCAAACCAAACAUUUGGUUUCUACAAUGUAAAGAGUAAUAUAAAGUAAAGAUAAUUUAUAUUUUUGAUGUCUUGAAACUGUGUACUCUUUGCUUUAAAAACAAACAUAGUAUGGAACCUGAGCAUUAGUUUUGCAAUGACUGUAAAGGAAUAUCCAUAAUUCUUUAGCAUCUCCCCUCCUGCUAAUUAUUUCACGGUAAAUUAUGAAACUAUUCUGGUCAAAACCAGAGAACUUCUGACGUGGAGAAAUGAAUGCAAGGCCUGUUUAUGUAAAAUAACUAGCUGGUGCUAAUUCAUAAUUGUAUUUUCUACUAUUCUAAUAUUGUUAUUAAAUAAUACAAUAAUAUUGUAAUUACAGAAUACAUAUAUAAUAGGCACAGAACAUGGAUUGAUAUGAUGCAUAUAGAAAGAAGAGAAACAUACAAUUGUGUUUAUUCAAUAUUAUUUGGAAUGUUAUAGGUUUACACGUAGACAGAUUGUAUAUAAAUUGUAACACAUUUAAAUUUUUUUUUUUUUUUUUUAGAAUCCUUAACAAAAUAUGUACAGAUCGUUUGCAACUGCUGCCUGACAGAUUUGGAUGACAAUAUAGAAAAGAAAAGAUAAUAUCUGUUGCCAGACACCUGUCCCGUUUUGUAAACUUUUCAUUUUGAUCAGAUACAUUGUAUACUGCAGAGUAUGUAAAAAAUCAUUUGUUCUUGUGUUUAAAUUCUAUUUUUGUUUGUUGAUUGAGGUUCUGUUAGAUUUCAGAUGUGCAUUUUUAUAUAUUUUUUUGUCAUCAAACAAUUGUCCAUGAAUUAAAACAUAUACUGUUUUGUUAAUGGGGAAAUCUCUUAUAAACACUACUAAAAUAAAAUAAAAUUAAAUAAAUUUUUUUUUUUUUUUUAAAGGAAUCAUUUGGUAAAUAUUUUUUGGGAUAUGUGAGUCUUCAAUAAGAAUGGAAAUACAAUACAGAUUACAGUUAUAUGACAAUAUAUUAAUAGUCACA